CAAUAUAUCAACUUCAGAAUGAUUCAUCCUCCGGUUCAACUUCUUCAUACUUUUAUUUUGCCACAUAUAUUGGAACCGAACAAUCAUUGAAGAUGCAGUCAUUCUACUCCUCCCUGACUGAAGAGCAAAAUGCGCUCAGAGUCGAAGCCGUGCGGGUGACGGUCCUCAGCGUGGGCUACGUCUUCGACUCCGAUACUCGAAGUGGGAAUCUCGCAUCAAUAUAUUUAUUGACAUCGGACGGCAACUCCGUUCGAUUAAACAUGACCAAGGCUAACAUCACCCAUACAAUGGGCACACUGGAAGUAAAGCAUUGCAUCUAUAGAGAUGCAUACAGCUCAUUAGCCAAUUACAAUUUAGAAGUUCGAGAUAACUUGACGGUAGGGAACGUUCUCGACCUCCUUCUGGAGCUUGGGAGGGACAAGUACAGACUGUCCGCAAGCCGCCUGGGUUGUCGUUUUUGGGUGACAACAAUAAUCGACGACCUCGAAAAUUAUGGUCAUAUGUCACCCACCAACGCUGGGAACUCUGCGUUGGUGGGAAGAGCCCUGCAGUACAAUUACACGGGGAGAGCAUCGCCCGAGUUCGAACCGAUGGUGCCAGUAUUGUUUUGACGCUGUUCACCCAGAAUUUCAGUCAUUUCUGGUCCGAAAUAAAUUCCGCUGACCACGGCACCAGAGGCUAUCCUACUCUGUUGCUCGAACGCUUUAGACCUGGAGGGUUUUCUUCCAGCAUCUUCUUUGGCUUCUCCAAUCUUUUUUGUUCUGUUAAGAGUCGCAAAUAUGUCUCCAAGCAAAAGCUUCGCAAAGAAAAGU